GCGCGCUCGCGCCGCGCCAGUCGGCACACCGCCCGGGCGGGCGCCACACGACCGGGAUCUGCGCAAGCGACCAGCGGCGACGCGAACCAAAAUAAUAUCUGUGAAAUAAACACGUAUCCGCCAAACGCUGAAACAUGCGAGCGCAAGAUUCUGUGAAUUAAAUACGAGUACGUGAACGAGUCUCUAGUGCAGAGGACGAAACGACAGACUGCUUCGAGAGAGCGAUCAGGGUUCACUGAACCCCUACGACGAAACGAUUCGAGUUGGCGCCGAAGAAGUCUCUUCUCGGCCCCUCGAAAUAUUGUAAAAUCGCUCCGUGACUGUCAGACACUAAAAUAUACCUGCACUACUUCUUGUAUUAUAGCCGUACUAAGAAAACGAAAAAAUCUCGACAGACGCCCUCUUUCAGUGGCCACGACAGAGGGCUGUAAUUUAUCUACAUUUAUAUAUGCAUAUAUAAAAAGAGAAAAAUAGUGAUCUCUAACGUGACGUCACAAUACCAAAAUUGUGAUUAUUUAACUAAUUAAUACAUUAUUUUAAUCGCUUUGCUGUUUUCAAAUCGCAUUUUUAACGCGUAUUGCCCGUUGUAUUGUUAGAUGUUUAUUUUAAAUUGUAAAUAGCAAGAAUAUACUUAAUCAUAAUAAGUGUGACAUUGCGUAAUGUAACUAUAAUACUAGUCAUUGAUCUAGUGUAUUUAUUUUGGUAAAUUAUCAAUUUUAUAAUCUAUAGAGGAUAAACUAACGUAGAGCUUUCUGGCUAGGUAAAAAAAUAUAUUACAAAAAAAUACUACACUGAAUUGCCCUCGGGCAAUCAUUUACCAAAGAAAAAAAAUACAGUGAACUUUUAAAAAGUAAAAGGCAGCCAGCAAAAAAGGCGGGAAGCCGUGGGUAGUACCACAGAUUAACUAAAUAUAUGUUGAAUCGAUUAUCAUAAUCGGCAAGAUGCAGACUCAAGUAGGUGUUGGUAACGAGCUGCAGAGAAGCUACAGGAUGCAGGACUUUGCAUCGCCUGGCGUCAUCAUGCGGGAGCGCAGCUUCAUCCGCCCGCAGUCACAUCACAACAUGCAUCAUAACCAGUUCAACAAUGCGAAACGACGGAGCAUGAUUCUGACAAAUGCUAAGGGGAAGCCCACUUUGGAAAUUUAUAGACCUCCCGGUGUCCGCACAGACGGCGUGGCGACCACAGCAGCUACCUCCGGAGCCACCGCGACCACCACUUCAGCUGCGAGCGCCUCCACACCUGCCUCCACCAACAAGCUCAAUGUACACGCUAAGGAGUUCACCAUGGCCAAGCCUGCCGACCUUCACAAUAGGCCGGCGAUGGGCAUCGGGUACGCCAGCGUGGGGCUGCAGCACUCGCGCUCGGCGGUGCUGCACGCGCAGGUGCCGCCGCACUACCGCCCCGUCAUGCCGCCGCACGCGCUGCUCAACAGCGCCUCUAGCGGGAACGUGCCGCACGCGCAGGCGGGAGGACCACGCGUCCACUUCAAGUUGCAGCCACAGCAAGCCAUCAUUCCGGAAAAGAAGAAGUCUCCCCCGUCCUCGCUGACGAACGGCAAUGGCAAGAGUAUCAGACCGCAGUCGUUCACGCCGGGCCUGAAGCGCUCCAAGUCUCUAACGUCAGCAGAUGCACUGGCCAGUGGCAUGGCGGCGUUAGGACUUGCCGCUGAUGCAGGCGAUCUGGGCAACUUCCCGCCAGAGAUACAAGAGUGUAUCGAUAAGGCUCUCGAAGACCCGAACGCAGUGUGCGCGCGCACGCUGAUGGACGCGGUGGGGCACCUGGUGUCGCGCGCGGUGGAGUCGCCGCGCUACGCGCUGCCGGCCGCGCGGCGCUGCAUCGCCGUCGUCGAGCGCGAGAGCACCGAGACCUUCCUCGAGUCGCUGCUCAACACCUGCCAGCAGUGGUACCACGACAGGGACAAGCUGCUGGGUUCUCAAGUAGGCGGUGGUCGGCCGCGGCUGAUGGCGUUCCUGUCGUUCCUGCUGGAGAUGUACUGCCAGCUGCGGCGCCGCGCCAUCCAGCGCCGCGGCGCCUCCGCGCAGCCCGGCCAGGUGCUGCUCACGCUCAUCUGCAAGUGCUGCGAGGACUGCAUCCGCCAGCCCGUGCCCUCCGCCAGCGAUACGGAGAACCUGUUCUUCGUGCUGACGUACAUCGGGCGCGACCUGGAGUCGGUGCUGCCGGGCGAGCUGGAGCGGCUGCUGUCGGCCGUGCGCGACGCCUUCCUCAACUCCGCCGCCGCGCCCUCCAUCCGCCGCACGCUGCUGCAGCUCAUCGAGCUGCACGCCAGCCGCUGGCAGCUGCCGGGCUGCGCCGUGCUCUACUACUACCCCUCCUCCAAGUAGCCGCCCCUGAGGCACUGCGCCCGCUGCCCUGCUCCACGGAGACAUGACAGGGUGUCUAGGUCAAGACAGUCACACGUCAUUACGUCACCAGCUGCUCAUUGAUGGCGCCAACGUCUUCUGGGAGCCCGGGGUCUUGUGGAGCCUUCACAAUGUCGGCUUCCUCCAUCAUUAGAUCAGCAAUGCAAUGAUGCUGAUGCAUGAUAACUUGGUGAACGUCAGAUGCGGAAUCUGUGGUCCUCUUGUGCGGAAAUACUUCUGUACUAUCGUACUAAGUGAAAUCGUGUUUGGAGAAGUUAUUGUUUUGAUCAAAAUCCCCAGUGUUUUGUACCUAGUGAAUUUUGGGAGCAAAUUGUUACUUGUAAUGCCUACCCGACACCCGCUUUACGCACGUUGCUUUGUUAGCCUCGAGUCCCAGUUGUGGACAGUACGUCUAGUAGUUGCAAAUGUUUUCGUGUCCCGCAAUUAUGUACAUUGCGAAAUAUUGUUUACGUAAUGGUAUUCCUGCAACCUGACGUACUGCUCAGCUAGGACCAACACGUACCUAGAUGGCUUUAGCGAGAUAUUUGGUCCUUGCACGAAGGACACCAGCUGUACAGUCUGUAAAAUCUUAGCGUACUUUGGGAUCUACCGCAUUGUACCUUCAUAAGGUGGCUAGUACCCUACUGUGCCGUAGACUUACUGUAUCGUAUCUUAAGUUAGCGAGUACAGCUACAUGAGAUUUAGUUCUUGGCGACUGCUGCUGGUGGUGGUUAGAUCUUCGAUCAAAUCCUUUGCCCCCUGUAAAUUAUUUGGUAAAUAGCGAUAACAUGCUAAGUUUCCAAGGGGUACGUUAUUAUUCUAUAGGGAGUAAUUAUGUUAGAUUAGUAUACAAAGGUUACAAGCAUUUGUUGUAGUGUUUGAUUUGUUUCAGUUUGACCUUCCUAGCGUUGCGUUAGUUGUACAGGAGGUCUCCAAUUGUUGUCCCUUAUACGUAUCGUAGGCAUGAUGCUGCCAUAAGCUCAUUUAUUGUGCCUUUAAAGAUUUUAGUAGUUAUAGACACGCUCUACUCGCCCCCGAGACAAUAAUAAAGUAUUUUGUAAUAUUUAUCGGUCGUAAGAGGCUCGGGAGCGGCAGAUCGUAACAAUUAAAACGUAAGGUGUAGUUUAGCUUAAGGUGGAUUUAGUAAACUCAAGAUAUGCCUUGAAAGUAUUAAACAGUACGUGUAACAUAUAUAGUAGGACAAAACGUCGAUGUACAUUACUGUACGAUCUUCGCAUAGUAUUUGGUGCAUUGUACCCUUUGUCGGUUGUGUCUAACUGUAGCUCACGCUUGUAGACUCGUUUGCCUAGCAGCUCGCACUAUACUAUACUCUGGUGUUAGUUUAUUUUCUAUUAGUCUAGACAUCCCAAUUAUGCAAAUGUACACUAAAUUGUAGAUGAAUCUUAUCAGCUUACUUACACAAAGAUCAUAUGAAUGUAUGACUGAACUUCCUAAGUAUGAAGUGUUUCAAUUUAUUAUGCUUGUGAUAUUAUAAAUUUAAGUUAUAUAAUCUCUGAUAAUAUCUCUUCUGUCCUAACCAAAGACUGUACUGACGAUGUGGAGAUUCAUUAUGAUUAUUAACAAAAGUGUAAACUCAAUGUUGUUGAAGCUGGACCAAAUUAUCUUGUGCGUGGUGGCGCCUGUAACCGCCGCCACCGCGCAUCUCUUCAGUGACUAUUAUAAGUUCAUUUAGUUGUAGACGUACGUCGCAUCAUCAUUAUAUAACUAAUAAUUGUUUAAAUUAGUUAAUUACGUUUUAUGGAAAAAGUUAAAAGACCAUAAACUUUUCGUUAUUACUAUGCAUUCGUAGCAAUAUAAGGUAAUGGUAUGUUUGUAGAAAAGUUGAAAAAAUAAAAAAAAAUGGUGCUAACAAAAAUAUUGGUGUAUUGUAUAUUAUUUAAUAGAACACGGGCAAUAACUUUGUUCUCGUUACCGCUAUAAUUUUGUACGAAUAAAAACGUAAAAAUGAUAUAUAACCAAUAAAUUAUAUAAAUACAA